AUGGUGCGCACCGGCAGGACAGGUCCCGAGCUAAAGCCCACAGCAGCCGCCGGCUCGUCUCGUGCGCAGCCACUGCUUCGAAACGACCGCGACACAUUCACCGCCGACAUUGGCCUCAUACUCGCCUGUCAGGUGAGCGAUGCACCGAACACUGUGAUCCUCCUGCCUCCAGAAUACAUCCACGACCCAGACCCUGACUCCCCCGACGCCUCGUGGCGGCAAGAAUAUGAGGCCAAGCGCUGUUGGAAGACCACCGUCGCAUACGAGCAGAUCAGCAGCAACGGUGUACAUCCUCAUCCUCGUCUGGCAACAUUCAUUGGUCGGGAUCCCUGGACCGCUCUUCCCAUCUUGGUCAAGCCGUCGAGCCCGCCACUCAACAGAUUCCUCGACCAGAACAAAACGGCAAUAUAUGACAAAGGCAGGCACCGAAUCCGAGCGACACAUCUCCCUCUCGCCUACAAAUGGGCCCUCCACCUCGCGUCCGCCCUGGAGUUCGUCCACGCACAAGAUAUAGUCAUCGGCGAUCUUAGCACCGCGCAUUGCUGGCUCUCUGGCAGCCGCGCGCUAUCGCUCUGCCUGGUCGGAUUCCUGGACGCCAGCUUCAGGGACAGGAACGCGGGGCUACAGUACCUCGGCGGGACGAGCAGCAACGAGCCGUUCCAUCCGUUAAAUGCCAGGCAACCUGGAUCACGGCGGUCGCCCGAGCCGAGCAUGCAAACAGACUUGUUCCUGUGGGGCUGCAUUGUCUACGAGCUCAUGGUCGGGCAGUGGCCGGGACAUCAAGAAGGCUUGGGGAGAUCGUGGGGUGAUAUGGACCAAAUGAUUUCUUCGCAGGAGUGGCCUGAGCUGGAGAGGAAUUAUCUCGGAGAGGUGGUGAGCAAGUGCUGGACUGGCGGAUAUGAGUCAAGUCAGAGCUUGCAGAGGAGUCUUUUGGAGUUUUUGCAAGCAGAAGGCUGGCAGGUGGAGGCUGGUGAUGAUUUGCAGUUUGAUCCCUCGCCACUUUUUCCUGAGACCGCUGAACGCUGA